CAAGCAGCCAAGGGCUGACCUCCAACUCGAACUUCCUUCUCCACCUCUCCAGAGUGCUGGUGUCACAGACAUUCACCAUAUGUGGUUUUAUUUGGUGAAGGGACCAGACCCAGGCUUCCUGCUUGCUAAACAACACUCCGCCAUGUGAACUUAGGCACACACACUGCGGGAGCAUGCAGACCAGGGAACAAAUGGGCAGUUAAUUAUGCAUUGGAUGCUGGCUCUGAAGGAGAGCAGGCACGUGCAUGGAGAAUAACUAGAGGAGGUCUUUUCCGCAGAGAGAUUAAGAAAUGAGUCACACUUGCUGAAGGAACGAGGCCCCGCCUUCAAUCGCAGAACACAGCCACGCCUCUUGGCCGCUCUUCUCUGGCUCCACCCAGAGCCAAGCUCUACCUGGACCCUCCCAGCGGACCAACCCACUAGCCACACCCACAAGGCAACCACGCUCCAGCCUGACCACGCCCCCGUUGCCCAGGUCUGGCUCUGGCUAGCUGGGCGAUUAGAGUCAAGAAAGGACGCGCCACCCCAGCUGUCCGCCGACCCCCAGUCCCGGCCCCCGCGCCCAUGGCCGCACCCGGACCCCGCGCCUUGCGUGCUGCACUCUGCGGCGGUUGUUGUUGCCUCCUCCUGUGUGCCCAGCUGGUUCUAGCUGGUAAAGGAGCUCGUGGCUUUGGGCGGGGAGCCCUGCUCCACCUGAACAUCUGGCCUGCUGCCCAUGGGGGCUGCAAACACUUGGGACACUGUGAACGCUGUGUGGACAGAGCCCACAACUCCUCCAUUUGUGUCUGGCAACAAUGUGGACCAGAGGAGCCAGGACACUGUGUGGCCCACACUGAGGUGGUCAAGGAGGGUUGCUCUGUCUAUAACCACUCAGAGUCAUGCCCAGCUUCCCACCAUCAUUCCACCGAGGAACCGAAGACAAGUACGACAGGGAGUCCCCCCAUCCCUGAAGACCACAGCCCAGGUUUUGAUGGAGCCAGCUUUAUCGGGGGCAUUGUGCUGGUACUGAGCCUGCAGGCGACAGCUUUCUUUGUGCUACGCUUCCUCAAGGCCAAGGACAGCACUUACCAGACGCUAAUCUGACCCCAGUGGUCCUGGCUCCACCUUGAAAGGACAGAGGACUCAGAGGCUACCCUCUUGGUUGCCUUAUGGGCACUGGGGGUGGGACAAACUUUGGCCACCAGUUUCUGGUUCCUGUAGGCACAGGGCAUCAAGCAGGUUUAGCGCUGAUGACUGACUGACAUGUCCUCUCCUGGGCCUGGCACCUGCAGCUGAAAGCCUCCUUCAACCACCUCACGACUCAUCCAGAAGCUGCUGCCUCUUCCCACCAACCCACUCUGGGGUCUACCCUCAAAUAAAGGACACGUUUCCACCCCA